AAUUUUGAAAUUGGAUGAUAAUUGUUUAGAUCGCUAGUACAGCCAAUACAGUAUACAGUAUAUAGAGGGAUAACCUGAGCUGCAAUCCAUAAUUUUGGGAUUCUACCUGAAAUAAAAGUUAUAUUAAAAAUGUGAGCAAGUAGUAUGCCCAUUAUAUGAGCCCUGAGACGCAAAAGGCAAGGAUCAAGAUUGUCUUGUCCCACUGACUUCCUUGUAUUUUUGCUAGCUAGUGCAUUGUAAACUUCAUAAUAACUUAUAGGUCUAAAAGAGCAUUUGCUAGGACAAAAUGAAUUGGAUGAAGUUCCUAUUUUUGGACUGAGGGUAGUUAUCUGGAACAAUUUCAACAGACAGCCUAUUAAACAAAUGGCCAGAGGACAUAAAAUGAUGAUUCCACCAUAUCUGUUUUAUUUAUAAUAAAAUAAUGUAACUGAAAAUGCAAGAAGGGAGAGUAGUGGUGGUAUUAUUUUUCAGUGAUUUCACCAUUUUCCAAAAGCUAUGUCCAUCUCUACUACAGUUUGAACGAGAGGUCAGGUAAUAAUCGGACUGGACUUUUCUUAUCAAGUAAAUACAUUGGUGCUCUGUUUCCUAAAGUUAAGCUAAUUAGCAGGUGUACCAGUCUUCUAACUUAGGACCAAGCUUUGUCUCUGAUAUGAAUAGCUGCAGAAUGAUCUGAGGAACACCAGGGGUUAAACUGGUUUUUAAUCCUGAAGUUUUGACAGGGGGCAUGUUUUCAGCAGUAGAAUUUGAAAACACAUGAGAGAAAUGGUCCAAAGUUUGGUCAGAAUCAAGGAUGUAACAAGUUAUUUCUAAUUCAGAGUAAACAGAUCAUGAAGAGAUAACCUUGUUCAACAAAAUAAUUGAAAUUUCAUUUUGUAAUAAUACUGGCUCUGAAUGUUUGAUUUCUAGCUUUUUGGAUACAUGUAAUUUGCCAGUGGUCACUGCUGUCUUCAGCAAAGUCCUCACAAGCUUGGUAUUUAAAUUGCCUAUUCAUUGGUAUAAUGUCAGUGUAGUAAUCAUGUUCAAUACUUUGUCACACAUCCUUUGCAUGCAAUGACUGCUUGAAUUCUUUGAUCCUUAGUCAUCACCAUUUGCUCAGUAUCUUCUCUGGUGAUGCUCUGCCAGGCCUGUACUGCAGCCAUCUUCAGCUCCUGCUCUUAGGGGGCUAGUUGCCUUAAGUUUUGUCUUCAGCAUAAGAAAAGCAUAUUUAAUUGGAUUCAAAUCAGGUGACUGACUUUGCCAGUCAAGAAUUAUCCAGUUUUUGGCUGUGAGAACAUCGAUGUUGCUUUAGCGCUAUGUUUGGGUUCAUUGUCUCGACAUAGGAUGAAGCACCAUCCAAUUAGUUUUGAGGCGUUUACUUGAACUUGAGCAGAUAAGAUGCUUCUGUUCACUUCAGAAUUCAUUCUACUGCUGAUAUCAGUAGUUACAUCAUGAAUGAAAACAAGCGAGCCAGUACCUGAGGCAGCCAUACAUGCCUAAAUCAUAGCACCCCCACCCCCAUGUUUCACAGAUAAGGUGAUAUGCUUUGGAUCUUGGAUCUUCAUUUGGACGUCACACUUUUCUCUUGCCAUUACUCUGAUACAAGUGAAUCUUGGUCUUAUUUAUGGUCUUAUUUGUCCUUAAAACCUUUUUACAGAACUCUGCAGGCUUUUUUUCCGAUACUUUUUAGCAAAAUGUAACUUGGCUAUCCUGUUUUUUUGCGGCAAACUAGUGGUUUGCAUCUUGCAGUGCAGACAGUAGUCACAGACUCAUCCUCGCUGCAUCCAGAAGAGCGUUUAUCAUGUCAGACAGGUGUUUGGGGUUUUUUCCUCAUUAUAGUGUGUCUGGGAAAUGAGGAUGAAAUAAAAUACUGUAUGUUUAUUUUCUGAAUCCAGCAGUUUUAACAGCUAAUGCCCUCAUUUAAUGUUUGGCACUCUGAAUACCGAACACAAGUGCAUCAACAGUUAAAUUACCUCACUUAUCCAACAUAUUUAUUUGGUUUAAUUUGAUAAUUAUUAUCAAAGAUAUCAAUUAUAAAUUGAAUUGUUGAAUUUGUUGAUAGGCAGAGCAACCUGUUCGAUCCUCCUUUAUGUUGGACAAACUUUUAAAUUAAACAACUAGAUUAAAAUUUAAUAACUGUUAUUGCAUCAAAUUGUACAACCAGAUUAAAACUAAGAAAUUUAUGAAGUUAUACCAGAUAUUCACGGCUAAUCUAAAGACGAGGUUCUGCUGCCUUAAAAAUGUAUGAAUGUAUUAGCCAUAGAAAAUAACAGAAUGGCACAAUUUGAAGCUGUAUGGGAUGGGAUAAUGAAGGCAGUAGUUAAGGGGCAUUCAUAGUUAUAGUAGGUAAAUGCUUAGGAGGGUGCUUUUGUUGUUUUUUUGUUUUGGUUUUGUUUGUUUUUUUUUGGAGGAGUGAUAAAAAUGAAACCGAUAAUGUGUCAAUUUGCAAAAGAGGCUGUGUGAAAAGGUAAUGGAUAGCUAAGUUGUUAAAAUGAAUAAGGGGUAUGAUUUGGAAAUAUAGUAAAUAUGUAGGACUGAGCAAUUAUGUGGAUUUGUAUGUUUUGAUGUAAGUCUAUUAAUGUUUGGUGUGUAUGGAUGUUUUGUAUUUAUGUUAGGAUGUUUUGUGUGUGAUACAUGUAUAAGAAGUCAUGUUGUGUGUUCAUAAUGAAACGAAAAUAAAAUCAUGCAACAAAAAAAAAAUGUAUGAAUGUAGCAGACAGACAGGUUACAGUCACACAAGAAAUGAAAGGAAUACCGAACCAGAGCUGUUUCUCCUAUGGUAACCCCAGGCUUGUGCCUAGAGCAAAAUUAAAAAACCAGAGUUGAAAUGUAAAAUGCCUAACCUAGAUGCAGGACUCAGAUGCCUACUUCCAACUAACUGUUAAAAACUGAACUCCUAAAGAAAGACACAAAUUUUAUCUACUGAAAGAGAGGGUGGGACACCCCCUCUUCUCCUGACUGUGCAUACUUACUUAAUGAUCAUGCAGGCUCCAAGCAGUACUGAUUUUGUCCAUUUCGUAUAUUAUGAGUUCAGAUCAAUCUACAGUACAACACUUAUUUGUAAGGUUAUAGGUAAAUUGGGUAAAUUAAAUCUCUUUCCUCGUGAGCAUUAUGGUGACAUUAAAUAUUAAAAUGAAUAUUUUGAGAUCUUUUUCGUAGGGACAGCUUAGGCUAUUACGGAGUGUUUGUGAGCUACUAUGUGAAAGCACUAGAUCAGGCAACAAUUAAACCACCCUGGCUUCCACUUUAUUCUGCUUUAUUCUGGUAUGUCCUGCCCAGGUGAGAUAUUACAUAUAUAUAUAACAUAGUGAGAUAUUGGAUGUCAGGUGUUCACAUAUUUUUGGCCAUGUAGUGUAUUUGACUGCACAAUGAAUAACAUACUGGAUAAAUACUUAACAUUUUUUCAUUAUCCUUCUUUGUCUUAAUUUUCUUUAAGUGUCCUAUGCAUGAUUUAAUUGUCUCUCACUUCUCUUCCAAUCAGUUCUUCUCCAGAAUGUUUUGAUAUACCAUGCUCCAGAUGUAGAAAGAAAAGUUACUUCUGGAGUCAGCUUCGGAGUUGUGUUAUUGUGCAGUUUAUUGGCAGUUUGUUCUUCAGUGUUAAAAGCUGUACCACAGAUACUUACACAGUCAUUCACUGUGUUUCUGUGGCUAAACAUUGCCACUUGUUUUGAAGUAGUCUUUCUGAUUGUCACGCAUGAUGCAGAUUUUUUUUCAAUGGGGUUGCUUCUGGGCGGUGUUAUAGGUUGUUUUGGAGUUCUAAUACUGUCUGUGUGUAAAACCUGUUUGCUGAGAAUAAAAUAUGUAUAUUUAUAUCGGAAAGUCCUGCUGGUGCUUUGCGUAAUUCUUGAAAUUACAUGCUGCUUUCACUAUCUGGAUGUCCUUUCAGAGAAGGAUAAAGACCGCCCAGCAUUGAUGUUUUUAUAUGCAUUCCUCAUCAUCCUGGCUGUAGCAGCAUCCUUUCGGCACAGGUGUGAUUUACCAGCUGUUCCUCAUAUACUAGUAUAUGUGAUUGGUUCUGCUGUCCUAAGUGUCGUUAAUUCACUUGCUCUGGCAACAGAAGUCUUUCUGAAAGCAGAAAAAGGGGAGCGAACUGUGAAAGAUCUUCGGUUCAUCAUCCUCCCCCUUGAGUUUUUCUUUUUGGCCUGUUGGCUAGUUUUGCAGAUGUAUGCAUACUGGCUGCAGAAAAAAGAAACAAUUAAAGAACAGCUGGAGCUAAUAUUUCAGUGCUGCAAAACACAAAGCCAAUCUCCAGCAUCAUCUCAGCAAAAUCAGACGCCACAGGAACUUCAAGAGAUGGUACCUCUCUCUCCACCUGAGUAGAUUACUGCACAUAGACAGGAGGUAUUUUCAAUGAGUCAGUGUGUCUACAAGAAAGGAUUCUUGCAGUCCUCAAGAUGGCAAAUAUAGUGUUCUAGUUUGUAGUCCUAAAACCCUGAUGUAAGUUCACUUUUUUGAGCCAUGGGUUCCCUCAUCAGAUUUCCAAUGCAUUUUUCUCAUAGGUAUUUAGUUCUUUGCUGAAAAUAAGGUCUGCGGUGAACGUAAGCCUAAGAGAGCUCCACGUUUUGUUAAGAUAAAUUAAACCCAUUAAUAUCACCACCGUGUAUUUUGAAGCAGUUAUGUGCUUUUAAAAGGUAAGUUGCUAUAUUGAAACUACAAUGGUCGCUUUCUGGCAACAGCCACUCAAAUUUCCAUACUAGCCUGCCUGCAUGCGACAACCGUUUAGCAUAGCAACUUGUUAGCAACUUAUUUUUUUAAAGAACAUAACGGCUUCUAAAUUCACGUUUGAGAUAAUAAUGGGUGUCAUUUAUCUUGUAGAACAAAACAUAAAAGUCUCUUCGACAUACGUUAAGCACAUACCUUAUUUUCGA